AUGGAUUUAGCUCUAAUUAAUCUAUGGAGUAGUUGGAAUCAUUUUGGCUGCAAUAUUGAUGAGAAAGUCAUAAGAGAAACUGCUGAUGCCUUGGUUUCAACUGGUCUUGAUAAACUUGGAUAUAAUUAUGUUAAUAUAGAUGAUUGUUGGGCCGAACCUCAACGCGACGAUAAGGGAAAUUUUGCACCUAAAAAGUCCACAUUUCCUUCUGGAAUGAAAGCUCUAGCUGACUAUGUUCACAGUAAAGGUCUUAAGCUAGGAAUCUACUCAGAUGCAGGGUAUUAUACUUGCAGCAGAAAAAUGCCUGGUUCACUUGGUCAUGAGGAACAAGAUGCAAAAACUUUUGCAGCAUGGGGUAUUGAUUAUUUGAAGUAUGAUAACUGCAACCAUGAUGGAACAAAGCCAACUGCGCGAUAUCCUGUAAUGACAAGAGCUCUAAUGAACGCAGGACGGCCAAUCUUCUUUAGUCUUUGUGAAUGGGGUGACUUGCAUCCGGCGUUGUGGGGUGGCAAAGUAGGUAACAGCUGGAGAAACACGAUUGAUAUUCAGGAUACAUGGGAAAGCAUGAUUUCGCGAGCAGACCAGAAUGAAGUUUAUGCAGACCUUGCGCGACCUGGUGGUUGGAAUGAUCCUGAUAUGCUUGAGGUGGGAAAUGGAGGGAUGACAAAGGAUGAAUACAUUGUCCACUUUAGUCUCUGGGCGAUUUCAAAGGCUCCCCUUAUCAUCGGUUGUGAUGUGAGAAACUUAUCAAAUGAUACCAAAGAAAUACUUGCCAACAAAGAGGUCAUUGCUGUGAACCAAGAUGAAUUAGGUAUCCAGGGCAAAAAGGUUAGAAUGCAAGGCGAUCUCGAGGUGUGGGCAGGGCCUCUAUCAGGCUAUAGAGUAGCUCUAUUGCUUCUCAACCGCGGCUCUACUAAACUAGAAAUAACAGCUCUCUGGGAAGACAUUGGGAUCCCUCCUAACAGUGUUGUAGAAGCAAGAGAUCUUUGGGAGCACAAGACAUUGAAGACAAGAUUUGAAGGGAAUUUGACAGCAACAGUGAACUCUCAUGCAUGCAAGAUGUAUGUAUUGAAGCCUAUUGCUUGA